UGUCGGAAGGAAUUGAGUGUAGCGCAUGCGCUUUGCUGAUGUUUUUGCUGAAGUUCUCUACAGUGAUAAACAAACAAAUCAGAGAGAAAAACACUAGCUGUUUGAUUGUGCUUUAUAUAAUGGCAGUGAGCGCUGUACAUUUAGAGUCAGACGCAUUUCUAGUCUGUAUGAAUCACGCUCUGAGCACGGAGAAAGAGGAAGUAAUGGGGCUCUGCAUCGGCGAGGUGGACACAAACCGCAUUGUGCACAUUCAUUCUGUCAUAAUUCUGCGUCGGUCAGACAAGAGGAAAGACCGAGUGGAGAUUUCCCCCGAGCAGCUGUCAGCCGCCUCUACUGAAGCCGAGAGGUUGGCUGAGAUGACGGGACGUCCCAUGAGGGUUGUGGGCUGGUACCACUCUCAUCCACACAUCACUGUGUGGCCAUCACAUGUUGAUGUUAGGACUCAAGCAAUGUAUCAGAUGAUGGAUCAGGGUUUCGUUGGCCUCAUCUUCUCAUGCUUUAUAGAAGAUAAAAACACUAAGACUGGUAGAGUUCUGUACACCUGCUUCCAGUCAGUACAAGCCCAGAAAGGCUCAGAGUAUGAACGGAUUGAGAUCCCCAUCCAUGUAAUCCCACAUGAAGCCAUUGGGAAAGUAUGUCUAGAGUCUGCCGUGGAAUUACCCAGAAUCCUCUGUCAAGAAGAACAGGAUACAUACAGAAGGAUUCACAGUUUAUCUCAUCUGGAUCCAAUCACAAAGAUACAUAAUGGAUCAGUGUUCACUAAAAACCUGUGCAGUCAGAUGUCGGCCAUAAGCGGCCCGCUGCUGCAGUGGCUGGAGGACCGUCUGGAACUGAAUAAACACAGUAUCAUCAAACUCCAGGAAGAGAAAGAGCGACUGACACAAGAACUGGCUUCAUUAUAAGGAGAAUAAAAGGAAGCAAUGAGAGUUUUAACAGAUCUGCCCUACUGCCAUAUUUUAAUCAGGAAUCAAUGGGAGGGCAAAUACCAGAUGUCUGUAAUUUCACAUUCUGGGCCUUCAGCACAUUUGUAAUGCUCUAAAAAAUGUCUUGUUGCUUCCAUCCAGAGAUUUGAAUUACUGUCUGACUCUGUCAUAUAUAUAUAUAUAUA